AUUUAUGAGGCUAUAAGGAUGAUUCUAAAGGUGGUCUGUUAUAAUGAUGCUUAUUCUGGCUGCUAACAGAGACGAGUUCUACAGCAGACCGUCCAAAGCUGCAGACUUCUGGGGCAGCAACAAUGAGAUCCUCAGCGGUCUGGACCUGGAAGAGGGAAAGGAAGGCGGAUCGUGGCUGGGAAUUAGCAAACGAGGGAAACUGGCAGCACUGACCAAUUACCUGGAUGCACGGCAAAAUCCUGACGCUCAGGGGAGAGGUUCCCUGGUGUCCAACUAUUUGAUGGAUAACUUGGACAGUUUUGCGUACCUCCGUAAAGUGUCUUCAGAAGCUCAUUUAUAUAAUGGCUUCAAUCUCCUUACUGCUGACUUCAGGGCCAAUGAAGACACAUUGUGUUACUAUGGAAACAAGGGCAGUUCAGAGCCCAUUCAUCUCAAAGCAGCAGGAAUCUACGGGUUGAGUAACUCUCUUCUGGAAACUCCGUGGAGAAAACUGCAGCACGGCAAACGGCUGUUCACCAGCGUAGUGAACAAAACACUGUCCCCUGAUGGCUUAGUGCAAGAACUGCUCCAUAUCCUCAAUAAUGAGGAGCUAAACACCCCGGACCCUGCACAGGAAAGUCAAGGUGUGGGCUUCAGUAAGGCCAUACUCCGAGCCCUGUCUGCAGUGUGUGUGCGCUCACCAGGAUACGGCACAAGGACCAAUACAGUCAUCCUCAUCGACCGAGAGGGAAACGUGAGCUUUACGGAGCGCACCAUGCUAAACUGUGACCUCACCCAGUGGAGCACAAAUAGCUUCCACUUCAAACUGCAAGAAUGAGGGCCAGAUGCCAGGC